AUGGAACAGGUAGAGGAUGAACAUACGAAUCGGGGAAGGAGGCCAGAAAGUCGGCCGGAGAGUGACCGCAGCAACAAAGAGAAGCUCUUGUAUCAGCCGGAUCUUCUCAAUUUCAAGAAGGGAUGGAUGUCCAUAUUGGAGGAGCCAGGAGAGUGGACGAAGCAUUGGUUUGUGUUGACAGACUCGAGCCUGAGGUAUUACAGGGACUCCAAUGCUGAGGAGGCCGAUGAACUGGAUGGAGAGAUUGACCUUCGCUCUUGCACCGACGUGACAGAAUAUGCAGUGCAGCGGAACUAUGGCUUCCAGAUACACACUAAAGAUGGUGUCUUUACGUUGUCUGCGAUGACAUCGGGAAUCCGGCGGAACUGGAUAGAAGCUCUGAGGAAAAGUAUACGCCCUGCCAGUGUGCCGGAUGUCACAAAGCUAUCUGACAGCAAUAAGGAGAAUUCCUUCCGCAGCUAUGGAUCCCCCAAGAGCUCCGUCAGGACAGAGGAGCAGCGGCCAAGCACAGGGUCUGAGGCGGUAACCAGGAGCGGCAGCAGCAGGAGAGCAGAUGGGCCGCGCCACGCUUUUGACUACGUGGAGCUGUCGCCCUUGCAGCAGGGGCCCGCGGGCCACGGAUCUCCGCAAUGGACAAGAGGAGCGCGAGAGCCACGGAGGGCGUGGCCGAGCGCGAGGAGCUGGAGAGGGACCUGGCUCUCCGCUCCGAGGAAAGGCGGAAGUGGUUUGAGUCUCCGGCCACUGGGGUCCUGCAGACAGAUGGCCUGGCAGGGGACGUCUGCCCUAAAGCAGGAGGCCACGAGGCUCCGGGGGGCCCCCUCUCCGAAGCCCAGAGGACUCGGCUGAGCGAAGAGAUAGAGAAGAAGUGGCAGGAGCUGGAGCGCUUGCCCCUGAAGGAAUCCAAGCGGGUGCCCCUGAUGGCACUGCUGAACCAGGGCAAAGGAGCCCACGAGGGUGCAAACGAGGCGCUGGAGAAAGAGGUCCAGGUUCUGAGGUCACAGCUGGAGUCCUUGCGUGCCCACAGUGAAGCAAAACCUCACCGAGAUGGGCACGCACCCCGAGGCUACAUCUCUCAGGAGGCAUGUGAGCGCAGUUUAGCAGAGAUGGAGACUUCCCAUCAACAGGUUAUGACGGAACUGCAGCGGCAUCACCAGCAGGAGAUGGAGCGGUUGCGGCAAGAGAAGGAGCGGCUUCUGUCUGAGGAGGCAGCUGCUACAGCGGCAGCAAUUGAAGCACUGAAGAAGGCACACAGGGAAGAGCUGAAUAAAGAACUGGGCAGGACCCGCAGCUUCCAGAAGGGUGGUUUAGACACCGACACACUCCGGCGGCAGCAUCAGUCUGACGUCGAGUCCCUGAAGAGGGAGCUGCAGGUGCUUUCAGAGCAGUAUUCCCAGAAGUGCCUGGAGAUUGGGGGCCUUGUGCAGAAGGCAGAAGAGCAGGAGCUUAUGCUGCAGCACUGCCAACAGGAGGGAAAGGAGUUGCUGCGGCAAAACCAGGAGUUACAGAGGCGCCUAUCGGAGGAAAUUGGGCAACUACGAGCAUUCAUUGCAGCCCAAGGCUCACGUGAUGGUGCUUCACACAACAACGAGAGGAACUCUUGUGAGCUGGAGGUGCUGCUGCGAGUGAAGGAGAACGAACUUCUGUACCUGAAGCAAGAAAUCCGGUGUCUUAGGGACGAACUCCAAAUGAUGCAAAAGGAUAAGAGGUUUGCCUCAGGGAAAUACCAGGAUGUCUACAUGGAGCUGAACCACAUCAAACAGCGGUCAGAGCGAGAGAUUGAGCAGCUGAAGGAGCAUCUGCGCCUGGCCAUGGCAGCCCUGCAAGAGAAGGAGAUGCUUCACAACAGUAUCG